GGUGGGGAGACUGGGCCGGAAGUGACGUAAACGAGUUCCGGUUGGCCGGAGUCCAGCGGCGGGUGUGAGAGUCGGUCAGGAGCCGCUUCCAGGAUCCUGAGAUCUGGAGACGCUGGGGUCGGAGCGGCUCCUCAAGAGUUACUGAUCUAUGAAAUGGCAGAGAAUGGAAAAAACUGUGACCAGAGACGUGUAGCAAUGAACAAGGAACAACAUAAUGGAAAUUUCACAGACCCCUCUUCAAUGAAUGAAAAGAAGAGGAGGGAUCGGGAAGAAAGGCAGAAUAUUGUCCUGUGGAGACAGCCACUCAUUACCUUGCAGUAUUUUUCUCUGGAAAUCCUUGUAAUCUUGAAGGAAUGGACCUCAAAAUUAUGGCAUCGUCAAAGCAUUGUGGUGUCUUUUUUACUACUGCUUGCUGUGCUUAUAGCUACGUAUUAUGUUGAAGGAGCACAUCAACAGUAUGUGCAACGUAUAGAGAAACAGUUUCUUUUGUAUGCCUACUGGAUAGGCUUAGGAAUUUUGUCUUCUGUUGGGCUUGGAACGGGGCUGCACACCUUUCUGCUUUAUCUGGGUAUUGGUACAGCAAUCGGAGAGCUGCCUCCAUAUUUCAUGGCCAGAGCCGCUCGCCUCUCAGGUGCUGAACCAGAUGAUGAAGAGUAUCAGGAAUUUGAAGAGAUGCUGGAACAUGCAGAGACUGCACAAGACUUUGCCUCCCGGGCUAAACUGGCAGUUCAAAACCUAGUACAGAAGGUUGGAUUUUUUGGAAUUUUGGCCUGUGCUUCAAUUCCAAAUCCUCUAUUUGAUCUGGCUGGAAUAACAUGUGGACAUUUUCUGGUACCUUUUUGGACUUUCUUUGGUGCCACCCUGAUUGGAAAAGCAAUAAUUAAAAUGCAUAUCCAGAAAAUUUUUGUUAUAAUAACAUUCAGCAAGCACAUAGUGGAGCAGAUGGUGGCUUUCAUUGGUGCUGUCCCCGGCAUAGGUCCAUCUCUGCAGAAGCCAUUCCAGGAAUACCUGGAGGCUCAGCGGCAAAAGCUUCACCACAGAAGUGAAAUGGGCACAUCACAGGGAGAAAACUGGUUGUCCUGGAUGUUUGAGAAGUUGGUCGUUGUGAUGGUGUGUUACUUCAUCCUGUCUAUCAUUAACUCCAUGGCACAAAGUUAUGCCAAACGAAUCCAACAACGGUUGAACUCAGAGGAGAAAACUAAAUAAGCAGAGAAAAUUUUUAACUACAGAAAUUAGAAUGGAUGGGUUCUGCCUUAAAUUGGGAGGACUCCAAAGCAGGAAGGAAAAUUCCAUUUUCCAACCUGUAUCAAUUUUAAAAACUUUUUUCCUGAAAGCAGUUUAGUCCAUAUUUUGCACUGACAUACUUUUCCUUUGUGUGUUAAGGUAAGGUAUCCACCCUCAAAUCAAUCCCUGUUGUAUUUUAUUAGGGUGGAAUGUGAUGUUCAGCAGCGAACUUAACAGAAACCGGCCUUCUGUUCGUUACUUCUCAAAAGGCCCACAUGGUACAAUUAGAGAAUUCCCACCACACAAAAAAAGUUCCUAAAUAUGUCAAGCUUUUGAGGCUUGUCACAAAUGAUUGCUUUGUUUUUCUAAGUCAUCAGAAUGUAUAUAAAUUAUCUAGGUUGGAUAACAAUCUUGCAUGUCUAUCAUGGUACAAUUUAUUAUGCUAUCCUGCCCAACCCUUCCUUUCCCACCCUCAAAAAAGGCCAUAUGAUGCAUUGCACACCCUCUGGGGAAACUGAUCUUUAAAUUUUGAGACAGUAUAAGGAAAAUCUGGUUGGUGUCUCACAAAUGAGCAGACACCAUUUUUUAUUCUGUAUAUUUAGAAUGAAGUCGUGAAAAAACUUUAUAAAGACAUCUUUGAUCAUUCCAAAA